AUGUCGAAGCACCACGUGGAUUUAUCGAACUCAAGCAAAAGUACCUUCCUCUUGAAUGUAGUUCCAGGAGAUACAGUGGUAUACACAUGUCCAUACAGUUUUAACAAAGACAUGAAACACAUAUGUGCACGUGAGAGAGAUUUCUUCGAUAGAAAGUUGUUCUGCUUUGACCAUGUCAUCAUCAAUAGAAAUGUUUUUCAAUUGAGAGAUUACGUUAGAGGAGCAUACAAUAUUGUGAGUAAAUACGUGAACAAUGUAUAUACAUCAGAGUUCACUGUUCCACCAGUUGUACUUAUGAAUCGACAUUUCGAAUGCUACUGCUAUCUGGAUGAUGGGGGCAGAAUACAGAAGAAGACACUGAAGGUACAUAUAUCUAAAGGUAUUGUCAAGAGAACCCCUGGAUGCGAUUUCAAUGAUGAGUAUAGAGAAAGCACUGCCAUCACAACUUUCAACAACAUGAAUCGAAAAAUAGCUAAGGCAUGUGAUAGUUAUCCUCGCGGUGGAGACACCAUCACCCUCUUGUGUCCUGUUAAUUACACUGUCCAACCGGAUGGAUGCUUCAAUCAGGUGUAUGUAAAAAAGGAGGAUAUACAAAAUGAUAAAAACAAAUUGGAGGAAAGAUUCAAUAUAAGUCGUAAGUGGGAGCAAGACAAAUAUAAAGUAGUUAGCAUAGAGACCCUUUUUGGUAAAAAGUUAGAUAGCGUGGGAGAUGAAAUAACCAGGUUUGCUAAAAUACCCGUUACAAAUGAUGAAAUAAGUUUUACCUGCACAUGUAAGGCAAAUGAUGGAUCAGACACUCUCAUGAUGAAUGUAUAUAUAAACGAGAGUUAUGACAAAUUCGUUCAAUCCAGCCAUGAUAAGUCGGACCAAUCCAAUCAGGGCAACCCUGUCCAGUCCAAUCAGGGUAAUCCUGUCCAUUCCAAUCAGGGUAACCCCGUCCAGUCCAAUCAGGGUAACCCCAUCCAGUCCAAUUAUAAUAAGUACAUCGAGUCUAAUAAGAGGUUCGUCUAUCCUAAUGAUGGCAGGGUGGAGUACACGAGGCAUAAGUUCAGUUCCACCAGCACAGUUAGUCGGACGGAGGAACGCAGCGGAGCUUCUUCUUCCUUUUUCGCUUACUUCGUGCUUUGUGCACUGUCGCUGCUUUUCCUUGGUUAA